ACCCUGUCCGCCGGCACUCACCCCUCGGAGAGGCGCACCUGACUGCAGAGCGCUCGCCGCCCCGCCACGCCCGCCCGCUCGCCCGCCACCCAAGACAGACCACAAGCAUUAGAGAAGAAACUUUUCCCCUCCGACGGCGAUUUGGGGAAAAGGAUGCUGGGUAGCAAGCGACUGGGGCUCUCCGGACUGACCCUCGCCCUGUCCCUGCUUGUGUGCCUGGGCGCGCUGGCUGAGGCGUACCCCUCCAAGCCAGACAACCCCGGAGAGGACGCGCCGGCGGAGGACAUGGCCAGAUACUAUUCAGCGCUGCGGCACUACAUCAACCUCAUCACCAGGCAGAGGUAUGGAAAACGAUCUAGCCCCGAGACACUGAUUUCAGACCUCUUGAUGAGAGAAAGCACAGAAAAUGUUCCCAGAACUAGGCUGGAAGACCCUUCUAUGUGGUGAUGGGAAAUGAAACUCGCUCUCCAGUCUUUACCUAUUUUCAACCCGAAUUUCAUCCUGUAAAACUAGAGUCUGCCGAUCCUCUCAAUGCAUGCAGCCACUGUGUUCAACUCUGCAGAGUUUCCCUUUGUCAUCCUUGUAUAUAUGUGUGUUUAAAUAAAGUACCAAGCAUUCAAAAAUGUUAUGUUCCUCAAUGAAAAAGUCUGUGGGUGCAAUAGUGAGAAUUAUUUUAAGGUAUUCAUUACAUCACAAUCUCCCUCGAGUAGCAGGUUCAAAGUUUGCUUCACCAAUAUUAAAACAGUGACUAUGGAAAAUAUAAAGAUAUGAUGAUUUAUGAUGA